GCCAGUCCUCGUCCUAGCGGAUGGCAUCGCAGGAACUAUCCUAUCCUAUGUGCGUACCUUGGUAGGUACGCAAAUCACAGUACUUGUGCCCGAAUUGCCAUUGCCAUCGCAGUCGGCGCACGAACCUGUCACAACGGAUACGAAGCCUCCUUUCCAACUUAUCAUGGGUACAUUCUUAAGGCAAGUGGACGUCGACAUUGCGACGGAGUAUAUAUUGUAUCGACCAGCACCUGUCAAAUUGUCAAUUGUGAUAGGUUCAACCACAUUCAAUACAUGUAUUAUAUACCAGCUACCAGGUACUACCCGCUGAAAAGGAGAAAUCAAUCAUCCAGCCACUAUACCACCCUUGGCCAACAUGCCACUGCCACACAAUCCACAGCUCACAAAGCCGAAAGAAAAUCCAGCACUACGCUACGUUGAAUUCAUAACCCCGGCAGACCAAAGCAGGGCAAAGCAGAGAAAGGACACCAACUCCAAUAUCGUAGCUACACGGUCCAGACUCCAGUGCAAAUCCUAUCAAUUCCUCCGGUCCGGCUAUAUUGCCAUUAAAGGCAUCUACACGCUGUGCCGCGUCAAGUUGAGUUGAGUUGAGCUGAGCUGAGCCAACAACGACCGAACGAACACCAGCGGUAAACGAACGGCCGGGGCGAGCGCGCGCAAAAAGACUACUCACUCAUGAAAUUCUCCGAGCUUGAAUACAACGCAAAUGCUAGUACCAAUCAUCCGUACGUCGGUCAGGUCAGCAGCGCAAUUCCAGUGGACAAGAGUCCAGGACGGACGGGAAGUACUAAGCAAACAACAAACAAUCAGCAAACACGAUUCAGCCCGUACAUACUACCAGAGCUUCACCCUCGCUCUCACACUCUUCGGGAGUGCCCAGGCCAUGCAAUGCCAUGCCAGACCAGUCUACGCUGGGAAACACGUCCGUUGCUGACGCCGUUGCGGUUGCGGCCCAAGUUGGAUUGAUGAAGCGCAGUGACAGGUCUCCCAGAAGUGGUUUUUGAUUCAUCGUACGAGCCGUGCCGUGCCGUGUUUGCGCAAGCCACAAACUUCGAUUUCAAGUUGGAGCAAUCAAUAAGUACUACAAAAUAUCGAUUUGAAACUAUUCCCUCGCUUCCAAUCAUGGACAUUUUCAUGAUUCGCAUCUCUUCAGGUCGCACCGGCCAUCAGCAAGCAUCAUCGGUCAGCAUCCAUCACAUCGUUCGUGGCUGAAAAUCACUGCAAGCGCUCCGGUCCGUACUGUACCAUGCGUAGAUCAGCCGGCCCCUAGCCUAAUCCGCCCGGUCCAUGCGAUGCCCCCAUGCGAUAUGGCAUGGCAUGGCAUGAAAUCCGAUCUGGUUCAACGGUCGGCCCACAGUGCCAAUGAUACCACUGGCAGUGACACCACUCCACAUACUGGCAGGCCACGUUUGUUCUGAUCUGUCCCGUCCUGUCCUUCUUCUGUACGUUCUACCGGCUGAAGCGUCGAUAAAUAAAUAUAUAGUGGUAUCGUAUCACAAUCAAUUCAACUGGUGUGGCCAGGGCAGGCCAAAGCACCUCACUUGCGCUCUGUGGCUGUCGCUGCGCUUGCUAGAUCCAAUAAAUAGGUUUCAUCCAGCCUCGUGCCAUGCGCCCGCCUCGCUUCCAAGCAUCCGGAGACAAAAGGUCGUUCUCGUUCCCGUGUUUUGCAAAGCCUCGCUUUGUUCUGGAUGGGGGCAAGCCCCUCUCUAUCUUGCUUGGCUCCCCCUAGAUGCAGAUAAAAUAGUCUGCACCACCUCAUUCUGCCUGCUGUACCUCGACUUCAAAGAUGUUCCAAUUCCUCUUCUCCAUCGCAUGUGCAGUCCUGCGAAUGAACACAUUCCUCCGAGACACGCCAGCGGGCCAAUUCCUACGUCUUAUCGGGUUCAAGGAAUGGCUCGCCUACCCAGAAGAACUCCCCGGGUUCGAACCGACCAGCAUGCCCGUCGUCGUGUCGGAAGAAACAGCAGAGUCAGACACUCCGGGAGUGUUGAACUUGCCAGCCGAACACGAAAUUGACCCCGACCUGGAAAAAGUGCACUCCAAGACCUCGAUCUCAUUGACUCUAGACCAGACAGCCGCCACGCGGCGACUGUCGCAGGACGGCCUGUCCGAGGCCAUUGUGGUAUCCUUCACCGAGAAUGACAGCGACAACCCGCGGAACUGGUCGACCGCAAAGAAAAAUUGGACUCUGGUCGUGAUCAACCUGUACACUUUUGUCGUGUACUGUACGGCCUCUAUCAUCACGCCGACGGCCGGGUUCAUCAUGAACCGGUUUGGGGUUUCCAUUGUCGUGGCAAGUCUGGGGCUUUCCAUGUACGUUGUUGGAUACGGCGUUGGCCCAAUGUUCUUCUCACCCAUCAGCGAGAUCCCUCGCAUCGGCCGCAACCCGCCGUACCUGUACAGCUUCAUCGUCUUCUUCGGCAUGUCCAUCGCAUUGGCGUUUGUCGACAAUUUCCCGGGCUUGAUCGUCUUGCGCUUUCUGCAAGGUCUGUUCGGCAGUCCAUGCCUUGCCAGUGGCGCCGCCUCCUUCGACGACAUUUAUGACAUGUACAGUGCACCAUAUGGCUACAUCUGGUGGGUGGCCAGCAUGUACUGCGGUCCUGCGUUCGGUCCACUGUUGGCCGGGUACGCCGUUGCCGACAAUUGGCGUUGGCCACUGUACGAAGUGGUCAUCAUGGCUGGCAUUGUGUUGGUCUUGCUGCCUCUCCUGCCGGAGACAUCGCCGACGACGAUCCUGCUUAACCGUGCCCGACGUCUGCGCCAGGCCACCGGUAACAAGGCGUACCUGGCUCCGUCCGAACUCAACCCCAGGCCAUUCACCCACGUGUUGAAGGAGGCUCUCGAAAAGCCGGGCGAGAUCACCGUCAAAGAUCCCGCCAUCGCAUAUGCCUGUGUGUAUGGUGCCAUCGUCUAUGCCACUUACUAUUCCUUCUUCGAGGCCUUCCCGUUGGUCUACCUGGGCACAUAUAAAAUGUCCCAGGGGGCGCUCGGGUUGAUCUUCACAAACAUCACAGUCGGCUGCUUGAUUGGCUUGAUCGCAUACUGGCUCUAUCUCCGGUACCAUUUCAUUCCUCGCGCGAAGCAGUACCAUCAACGCCAUGGCGAACCUGUACCGCAGGAGCAAUGGUUACGACCUGGUCUUCUGGGAGUAUGGGGCCCACCUGCGGGAUUAUUUCUGUUCGCCUGGACCGCUCGUGCCGAUAUUCACUGGAUAGCCCCCACCGCCGGCAUUGCGAUUUUCGCCGCAACGAGUUUCUGGGUCUUUCAGAGCCUCAUUUGCUACAUCCCGCUGACGUAUCCAAAAUACGUCGCCUCGCUCUUUGCUGCCAACGACCUCAGUCGGUCGACCUUGGCCGCUGCAUUUGUCCAAGUCACACACCAGAUGUAUGUCAAUCUUGGUAUUGAUCGUGGCGUCACCCUUGUAGGCGGCCUGUCAUGCAUUGGUGUUGUCGGCAUGUACGGUCUGUACUAUUACGGGGCGUCUCUGAGAGCGAGGAGCAAGUUCACCGGGUAAUGCAGGCCGGUCAUUGCACAAAUUCCACUUAGUGCUUGUAAUAUUAUCUGCGAUGGAGGCGUUCUGGUGUUGAAGGUGAAGAGACUCUGGCGGGAUGGCGUUGUGAUGACCAUGUGCUUGAUGUUCCUCAUGGUAGCAGGAGAUGCUUCUUUGAUAGUUCCAAUCAAUCUUUAGAAACCCUUUGCGAAG